AUGGAGGAGACGUACCUGCUGAACUACCCAGGGGUCAAGAAGAAGAUUCUGGCCGGAGGGAAUGGCCCAAUGCCCCACUUUCCACCGGGGACCAAGCUGGUGUUCCACUUCCAGACGCUGUUGGACAACUUUGAGCGCACGGUGAUUGACGACAGUCGUAAAGCCAAAGCCAAAGUGCCAAUGGAGAUCUUUGUGGGGAAGAUGUUCAAGAUGGAGGUGUGGGAGACGCUGCUGACCUCCAUGAGGAUCGGAGAGGUGGCCGAGUUCUGGUGCGAUGCCGUUCACACAGGCUUGUACCCUAUCGUGUCCAAGGGGAUGAGGCUGAUUGCCCAGGGCAAGGACCCCCUAGAGGGCCAGAGGCACACGUGUGGCAUGGGGAACAUGUUCCACUACAACACUACUGGCUGGCCUGAGCUGGAUGAACUGAUGAGGACACCUCAGGCACUGAUCUUCAUCAUGGAGCUAAUUCAGGUGGGAGACCCCUUCUCGUACAAGCGGGAGUCGUGGAUAAUGGACAAGGAUGAGAAGAUGAAGGAAGUGCCCUCGCUCCACCUGCAGGGCAAUGCGCUAGUCAGACAGGGGCACUUCAGAGAGGCUGCCAAGAAGUACCAGGAAGCUGUGGUGCUACUCCGGAUUGUACUGUCCAAGGAGAUGCCAGGUGAUGAGGACUACAUAGCUGUGGACAGGCUCAUCACUCCCCUAGUGUUGAACUACUGCCAGUGCAUGUUGGAGCUGGAGGAGUACUAUGAGGUUCUGGAGCAUACCAGUGACCUGAUACACAAACACAAAGACUGUGUCAAGGCGUACUACAAGAGGGCCAAGGCCCAUGCUGCAGUGUGGAACGAGAAGGAGGCCAAGAGAGACUUCAACAUGGUGGCCAACCUGGACAUCACUCUGGCCCCUCUGGUGCACAAAGAGCUGAGGUUCCUCGCUGAUAGACUGAAGGAGAAAUACUGGGAGGAGAAGGAGAAAUACUGGAACUGCCUGGAGCAAGAGGAGAUAGAGGGGAAGAAAGAGGAAGAUGAGGAGAAGGAAGAUGAAGAGGGCAAGAAAGAGAAGGAUGGUGAGAGCACAGUGACCAAGGUGAAAGAUAAGGAGAAAAGCAAAGAUAACUCAGCCUCUUCCAAAGAGGAAGUGAAAGAUGUCAAGGAUGACAAGCAGAAUGAGACAGGGUGGAAAAAGGCUAUAGAGAAGGAUGGAACAACCAUUACUGCUACAGUGAAGGAUAAGGCAAAAGUGAAGGAUAGAACUGCCAAUCAGGCUACAAUGAAGGAUGAAACAGCCAAUAAGAGGACAGAGAGCACCCCGGAAACUCAGCCAGAGACCAAUCAGAGUGCUCUGUCUGUGAUAGAGGGGAUGGACUGGCAGCAGAAGUUACGACACAUCAUGUUCCUGGAAAAGGAGGGUAACUUCCUGCUUACAGAACAGAAAUACAGCGAGGCCACAACAAAGUUCAAGGAGGCUCUGGAGUACGUGGACUUCAUUCAAAACAAGGAGGUGUGCUAUAAAGACAGGAGGGAGGACUGGGACUCUCUGGAGAAGGUGCGUGUGCCGAUCACUCUCAACCUCAGCCAGUGUCUGCUGGAGCUCAGGGACUACCAGGAAGUGGUGGCGCUCAACACCAAGCUGCUCAAGAAACACAGAGAUAACUUCAAGGCAGUGUACCAGCGGGCCAGAGCCCACUCGGCUCUGUGCAACGAGGAGGAGGCCAGGAAUGACUUCCAGAAGGUGGAGCGUCUGGAGCCCAGGUUCAAGCCCAUCGUCAAUCAGGAGAUGAAGAGGCUGGGCGAGAACCUCCGGAACAAGCACAUCAUCGACAAGAAGAACUACUGGGAAGCUACAGAGGAAAAGUGGGGCCUCGAGGGCACCAAGGCCAAGGCCAAAGCCAGGAAAAUCUCCACCCCCUCCGAGUCUCCCUUCCACCUUCCAUCCAUCCUCCCUCCACGCCUCCAAAACCCUAUUUGA